CGGUACCGCAGCCUUGUCUUGUCAUACCUUCGAAAGGCGGCGAUUAAAGUACUCUUAUAUUUCUCCCACCAAAUUAGUAGAAAAUUACCCCCUUCUCUUUCCGUUUCCCCAAACCCACCUCUCGGAGCCGCCUCCAACCAAGUCCAGGGCGCACCUCUUGUUGUCGGGAUUCGCCUACGCCCACCGAUCGGAGGUCCACGGCCAUGGAUUUUGACUAGCUGCUCUUUCCCAUGGAUCUUCCGGAGCCCUCUACAGGAGGAGGUGGUGGUGGUGGUGGUGGUGGUGGAGGAGAGACGGGUGGAGAAGCGGGACGAACUUCACGGUUCUUGUUUCGCUGUUUCUCAAGUCUGAUCUUGUCUCUGGCUGCUUCGUUCUUGUUCUCCUUCUUGCUGGGUCUCCUGGGUUUGGCGAUCGAGGAACUCUCGGCUUCCGCCCCGCUCUCAGUGCCCUCGACCUGUAGAAUUUUAUCCAGCAGUAUAGAUAUUAGAACAUCCAAGAUUUGUGAACUUGGGAUGUUCAAUUAUAAAGCUAAGCGUGUCUUCUAUCCUUCAGAGAAAACAAAAUUUCGAUGUCGUUAUGAUUACUACUGGGCUUCAGUUUUUGAGGUGGAGUACAAAGAAUAUUUUUCCAGCCAUACAUUUCAUGCGGUGGCAGAGGUUCCGAAAGAGGCUCUUCCCGAAGAAUGUAGACCUAGUUUCGGGGCUGCAUGGUCGACAAGAAUGAAAUUCAAGGUGAACGAAACAUACAAUUGUAGAUAUAUACCAGGUAGUCAAAGAGCUGACAUCUUUUUGGAUGAUCUUUUUUAUUGCCAAGCAAAGGAGCCUUCUAUUACGGAGAUGAUUAGAAGAUAUUUUACAUUGUUCAGAAGAUUGUAUUAUAAGCAGAUUUCUGGACAGCAUGUUGUAUAUUCGGUGGCAGGAGUCAUAUCUGGUAUAUUGAUCUCCAUAUUUGUUGUCAUUCUUAUUAAAAUUGUCCACCUCCUAGCUCGUGCUUCUGUGAGAAAGUGGAAUGCUUUCGGUGCCAAUAUCAUGGUUAUCGUGGUUCAACUCAGGCGGGUUUGUCUUUUUGUGGCCUAUUUAUGUGCCAUGUGCUGGCUGACUUUGCAUUAUAGCGAGACGAUUGGGUUAAAACGAUUAUUUUUCAACUCCGAAGUUGAUGAAAGAACUUCUUGAGGUCAUGUGCAACCCUGUGGGGAUAGAAUUAUUCAUUGUACCAAAUAUGAUAUUGGAACUGAUGCUUUGCUUAUUUGGACAAGCCACAGCUUUGGACGACGACUGUGUAACAGCAUAGUUUCUUAAUCCGACUAAAGCUGUGUGCGCUGCGCUUCGAGUGGAGCGAACACAACUUACAUUCUAAAAGCAAUGUUGUGGUGCUUUUUAA